AUGUGGGACCAGAUUGGAUGUGUUUGCUCUGAGGAGUUGCAGCCAAGCGGCAAGAAUUCCCAACAGAAUUCUGGUGACAGGUAAGGGGCGGGAGGAAGAAAACAGCUUGAAACCCUACAUUGGGGAUGGGGGACCUGUGGCGCUCAGGAGGAACUUGGGCUCUCAACUCCCAUCAGCCCCAGUCAGCAUAGCCAAUGGUCAGGUCAGGAACAAUGGGCAUUGUAGUGCAACAUCUGGAGGGCCGUGAGAGUCAGAAUUAAAGUGCUACCUAUCAAUCUACAGUGGUACCUCGGGUUAAGAACUUAAUUCGUUCCAGAGGUCCGUUCUUAACCUGAAACUGUUCUUAACCUGAAGCACCACUUUAGCCAAUGGGGCCUCCCGCUGCCGCCGUGCCGCUGGAGCACGAUUUCUGUUCUCAUCCUGAAGCAAAGUUCUUAACCGAAGGUACUAUUUCUGAGUUAGCGGAGUCUGUAACCUGAAGCGUAUGUAAUCUGAAGCGUAUGUAACCCGAGGUACCACUGUAUUUAUUUUCUUGCAGUUACAUCCCACUCUUAAUUUCAUCCUGGAGCCCAAAGUGGCAUUUACAUGCAGGGGCAGACUUUAGACUUUAGAAUUUCAAUGACACUUUGUGCGAGCCCAAAUGUUGGCAGCCCGCCCACACCUCUCACCAGUGGUCAUGGGGACUAGGCUAGUCCCCUAAAUGUUCCCUGUAAAUUAGAGUAUUAAAGCCUGGUGCCUCCUUCCCAAAGUCCAGGAAGCUUCUGCCUGGCUUAGGGAGGGAGGCAUAGUGCUCCUAGUUCCAAGAGCCAAGGAGGUAGCUGCCGGCUCCUCAUUCCCAGAGCCCAGGAAGUUUAUGCAGUGAGCAGACCCACACCUGCUUUGGCUUCAACGAAAGGGUGGUCUCUACACACUUCACUGGGAGUAAGUCCAAUUGAAUAUGGGGAGUGGGGAGGUAUUCUAUGGAAACAUAUAUCUAAGAUAGGAUUGCAGAGUUAAUAAUGUGUACAGUGGUACCUCAGGUUACAUAUGCUUCAGGUUACAGACGCUUCAGGUUACAGACUCCGCUAACCCAGAAAUAUUACCUUGGGUUAAGAACUUUGCUUCAGGAUGAGAACAGAAAUCGCGCGGCGGCAGCAGCAGGAGGCCCCAUUAGCUAAAGUGGUUCUUCAGGUUAAGAACAGUUUCAGGUUAAGAACGGACCUCCGGAACGAAUUAAGUUCUUAACCCGAGGCACCACUGUAUCUGAAGAUUGCUUUGCUCCACAGCACUAUAAGCAGAACUGCCUCUACAUGAAUGAGAUUUCGUUUUCUGCUUUGUUAUCGUUUUAUUCUUAGCUAUUAAAAGAUAGCAAGCAUCAGCAUUUUAAAAUAAUAAUAAAAAUUACCAACUGACUUUUGAAGAAAGUGUCUGACUCCAUCCUUUAAUUCUCAACAGAAGAAAAUGCAAUAACUAUACCAGCACACUUAAAGAACUGGCUCAGAUGUUGCCCAUCCCUAUGCGGACUAACUGCAAGAGGCUGACAAAGGUACUGUACUGCAGAAUUUACCGUGUGCAUUCAAAGAAGCUUUCUGAUUUGUACAGUUGAAAAUUGGCCCUGGCUCUUCAGAGAGUUUAAUAUGUGUCGCACAUGGGGCCUUGUGGUGUUGCUGCGCCCACAUUUUACACUGGUAGGAAUUGCAAACAUUCCUCUUUUUAUUUCCUCUCAUUUGCUUUGGAUUGUCUGACUUGAAACAGAAAGAAAUUCUCCUCCGGGUCCUCCACUACAUUGAACAUUUGCAGGCGAGCGUUGAUACGGCCAGAUCGGUUCUCCAGGUCCGUUGCGGAGAACAGAAAGGUAAUACAGCACCAAAGGGAGGCAGAGAAGGCAGCAAAACUUAACAAGUUAUGUUGCAAGUGUUCUGGAUUAAGAACAAAGAAAGGUAUGCGGCCACAAAAGGGUUAAUUAAUCGGACACAGAUAUCUGUCUGGGAAGGGUGGGGGAGUAAUGUGAGAAUGACUGCCCAAAAGGAGCUAAGGAGUGAAUUGAGGCAGCCUAUAAUGCAAGAUUGCAAAUAGUCUCUCUCCUGAACUCCUGUGGUAAGAACUGCCUCCUAGUGACCAAGCAGGAAAUCGUGACAGAAGUUUGCUUUUUUCUUCUGGGUUACAAAUGAGCAUGUGUGAGUUUAUGCUUUCAGCAGAGUGUGGAUUUUUCUGGUUCUAGAAUUACACAGUCCAUUUUUUUAUAUUAAAGCACCUACAUAACCUAAGAACUGUACGUAAAUCAAAAAAUAAAGAAAACAAGCCUUGCCUUCAGACUUGCAACCUAUGCAGUGGUUGAGGACCAAAGAAAGGGGACUGUAAUAUAGAGAUAGGAAGUCAGUUUAGGGAAUGAUGUGAUGAAAAGAUGAGUUUUUGUUGGGUAUUUAAUGAGGAGCCAGGAAGUGCAGUGGUUGAGGACCAAAGAAAGAGGACUGUAAUAUAGAGAUAAGAAGUCAGUUUAGGGAAUGAUGUGAUGAAAAGAUGAGUUUUUAUUGGGUAUUUAAUGAGGAGCCAGGAAGUAAAAGAUUCCAAUGUAAGGGCAAAAGGGGGACACUUGAGGGAUGGAAAGUGUGAUUUCGGCUUUUUGGACAAAGAGUACCGGUGGAAAGAUUAGAAUAACGAGGGUGGAAUGGGGGGAAAGGUAGAGAAAUAAGUGGAAGCAAGGGAGUGAAGGCAUGUUGGGCUCAGCUAAUGUAGAGGAUAGAAAAGUCUGAAAGACCUUUAUGGACAAUUAUCUCUUUUAUGAAAACAGGAGGGUCUGAGCAGAUGGCGGCAUCUGCCCUGAAGAGAGGACAAAGAGAAGCCACACCACGAGCAAAGAAAACCAAAGCUCUGGGCGUUUGCAAGAAACCUAGGAAGAGGAGACGCACUCGCAAAUCAGGUUGCAGAAAGGAUCCUGCAAGUGCUGCGUUCUACAACCUCUUACGUUAUGUUUUUCAAUCUGUUAGGCCUUUCUUUUCUCCUACCUUCACAGGACAGGCUCCCCACCAACCCAUGAGGCUGAUGGCAGGGGCCAGAGUGGAGCUCGGAUAGGCUGCGGAUUGGGUGCCAUGUGCCUUUUGCUUUUGGAGUGGGGGUAAUGUGGAGAAGGAGUACCUGCACUGCACGACUAAGAGGGGAAAGCAGGUUACUUGGUCUAUGUGUCCAAUCUCAGAGAAGGGCAGCAUGUAUUGGAGGGAGGGGGCUCUUGAACCAAUGAAGUUUGAGGCUACAGAUGGACCUGCAAGGCUUCUGAGGUUCCCUUAUGUUUCUGCUCCAUGUGGGCAUAAGAGUCUCACAUUUACUUAGCAAAUGCGCCUGAUGCCACAGGGCAGGUGACUGCGAUAGCUGAGACUCUGCUCAAUAACGUUUGUGUCACUUGUUUCUGCAGAGCGGCGAGGGGUGAGCAAAAAAGCGUGCAAGUGCCUUGCUUUGGAGACUGCGAAGGGCCCUUCCCAAGCUGACAUGCGCAGAGAGGAGAGCAUGUCUGCCGUGGAAGAGGUGUCUGCGCUCCUUUCGUCCUCCCAGAAGCAAUCCCCUUUCUUUCCCAGCUUCCAAGUUCCAGUGUCAGAAUAUUACCGGCCUGCAAGCGCUCCCUUUCUGGACAUCACCAAAGGUGGAGUCCCGUUCCGUGCUGCAGGGGUGGUUUCCUCGUUGUUUUCUGGGCAGUUUUUGUGUAAAGUUUUUAACAAAGAGCAAGGGCACAGUGGUAACCAAAGUGAGGCUGUUGUUGUUGUUGUUUAGUCGUUUAGUCGUGUCCGACUUUUCGUGACCCCAUGGACCAGAGCACGCCAGGCACUCCUGUCUUCCACAGCCUCCCACUGUGUCCAGUAUAUUAAAGAUUAACCUAUGGGGGGCGGAUCUGCAGUCCAGUUUAUAUCAGUUGUUUCUAAAGGAAAUUCAGGUUUGGACUUUUAUCAGACCUUGAAAUGGAGCCCUUAACCUUGGGGAGAGGCCACCAGGAGCUGUUCUCUGCGUGCUGUUCCUAGUCGUACUUGGCUGUAAUAAAACUCUCUUUCUGUAGCUCACAGAGGAUGGAGUGAAUGGGUUCUGCAAAGUUUCUAACAACUCUCCCCUUCCCCUCCCAUUGUCACUGUUACUGGCAGACUGGAACUUGGGUCGCAGCCAAGAGGAAAGCAAGGAUGGAGAUGUGUUUUCUGUGUGUGCAGCGCAAGUAGCGUACGAAGAGCUGCGUCAGUAUUCUGAAGAACCUGGACAUUCACCAAUGGGGUAGGAGCAGAGAGUGGAUAAUUGGCAGCUUGUAAAGUUGAGUUCCCACGAGGGAGUAGCUUGAAGCAGACCUCUGGUCUGGAACUCAUUUUUGACAAAGACCUUAUGUUUCGAACUGGGCAGGGGCUGGAGAGCCAAAAGUAUAGGCUUUAUUGGAUUUCUGUAUCACCCUUCAUCUGAGGAUCACAAGGCAAUAUAAAAGCACAAAAAUGCAUAACAUAGAAACAAACAAACAACAAUACCUGCCACAGUUUGUUUAAUUAGCCAAAGGCCUGGGAGGAGAAGAGGAAUGUUUUUGCCUGGCACUUUGCCUCUGAAAUCUCCAACUAUCCACCUAAACUGCUCACUCCCUUUUGGCUGUGCCUGGCCUCUUUCACAAGUGUAGAGCUGGGCGACUUCUGGUUUUCAAAAUCGCAAUAUGUCAUCAGCUAAACAUUGUGAUAUACCAAUAAUAUCACUAUGUCUGAAAUAAGGAUGGAACUAUGCAGAGGCAAAAAGUAGGGCUGGGCGAUACCUGGUUUUCAACAUCAUGAUAUAUCACUAGCUAAACAUUGCAAUGGGACUUGGGUGGCACUGUGGGUUAAACCACAGAGCCUAGGACUUGCCGAUCAGAAGUUCAGUGGUUCGAAUCCCCGCGACAGGGUGAGCUCCUGUUGCUGGGUCCCAGCUCCUGCCAACCUAGCAGUUCGAAAGCACGUCAAAGUGCAAGUAGAUAAAUAGGUACCGCUCCAGUGGGAAGGUAAACGGCGUUUCCGUGCGCUGCUCUGGUUCGUCAGAAGCGGCUUAGUCAUGCUGGCCACAUGACCCGGAAGCUGUACUCCGGCUCCCUCGGCCAAUAAAGUGAGAUGAGCGCCGCAACCCCAGAGUUGUCCGCGGCUGGACCUAACGGUCAGGGGUCCCUUUACCUUUAAACAUUGCAAUAUAUUGACAUAUCACCAUGUCUGAAGUAAGGAGCUAUGCAGAAGCAUCAGUUGGCUUCAUGGUUUGUCACACAUGUGUGAUUUUUGUAUAACACACACACACACACACACACACACACACACACACAAUUCGCAAUACAUUGCCAGGUCAAUAAUUAUGAAACUGAUAUCACAAUAAUUGGACUUCAAACCAGUUUUGGAUGAUAUAUCAAUAUAUUGCCCAGCCCUACGCAAGAGUCAGCAGGCGAGGUGCAUAGAGGGUGACAGGGGUGUUAUUUUAUUAUCAUUUAAUUCUUUAAUUCAUAUCCCACCUCCAAUGAGCUCAAAGUGGUGUUCAUGGUUCUCCCCCUACUCAUUUAAUUCUCACAACAAGUGAGGUAGAUUGGGCUGAGAGGCAAGGCCUGGCCCACGGUCACCCAGGGAGCUUCAUGGCCAAGUGGGGAUUUGAACUCUGGUCUCCUAGGCACUAGUCAGACACUCUAACCACUAUGCCGCACUGGCUCUCACAAAGGGUAAAAGAUCCCUUUGCCUAUAUCCCUCCUUGUGCAAGUCCAAUUGCCUACAUUACAUAAUAUAAUGGUAGAGGAGGCAUUUAGGAUUUGUUUGGAGGGAAUGUGGGACACGUAGCAAACCCAAGGGCAGGGCUUCAGAUUGAGCCCCUGUGCCACCAGUUGCUUGUCCCUAAAAUAAACCAGCAACAGGGAACUUGAGCAGCACUGAAAGGUGCGCUCCGUGUGUUACUAGGACAAAAAUGGAAAACAGAUAAGGUACCAACGAAAGAAGAAGGGCAUCUCAAACCGUUAGAAUAUGCGGAGUUAGCACGCAUGACCACUAGAAUAAGAAAAUAAAAUGAUAAAAGAUGUAAGGAGGACUGGGUAUUAUUUAUUGAUUAUGUGAAAGUUUAUUAUAACCGGACAAUUAGCCUAGCACAGGGGUCAGCAAACUUUUUCAGCAGGGGGCUGGUCCACUGUCCCUCAGACUUUGUGGGGAGCUAGACUAUAUUUGGGGGGGCGGGGGGGGGAAUGAACGAAUUCCUAUGCUCCACAAAUAAUCCAGAGAUGCAUUUUAAAUAAAAGCACAAUUUCUACUCAUGUAAAAACACGCUGAUUCCCGGACCGUCUGCGGGCCAGAUUUAGAAGGCUAUUGGGCCGGAUCCGGCCCCCGGGCCUUAGUUUGCCUACCCAUGGCCUAGCAGGAUGGUAAUAUUUUCAGCAGCAUAAGUUAGAACUAGAGCUUAACAGGAGGAGCAGAGAAAGAUUGGGGAAACUAAGAAAACUCAAGAGGAAGUGGAAGAUAAAAGGAACCAUGGAAGGAGAGGAAGGGAAGUUCAUCAAUGACUGGUGUAAUAUAAUAUGUAGUAUGUAAUUUUCUUUUUCCUAUUUCCUAUUACUUUGGGGGGUGUUGCUUUGUUUCUUGUGUUGAAAUCUAUCAGAAAUGCAAAUUAAAAAAAGGAAAGAAAGAAAGAAAGAAAGAAAGGGGUGUUCAAAAUAUUCUGUAGGCCCAACUCAGGACCUUGCAUCUCUCGAGUCCCCUCUCCACACCACCACAUCCCCAAUAAGCUCUUCUUUUUUACUGCUGGCAUCCUAAAAUUUUGCUAUAGCACCCCUUGACUGCCUUGGCCACCCUCUCUAUUCUUUCAGGCAAGAGCUUGUGCAUUAUUAUUCCUCUUGUGAGGAAGAAGAGGAAGAAGCAUCCAGAGACAGCCCUUGGCUCUCCACCCAGUCCCCAGUGAACAGUUCCCAUGGUAAGCUGCAAGCAAAGCUGUGGAAAGGCCCAGGAAAAGGCGCUGCUGGAGGGCAGGGUGCUGGGACUUUGAUGCAGGGAAGCUUCAGGGCUGCAAAAUGCCGCGUGCUCCUGAGCUUAGAACCAGCCCCACUAAAUUCAAUGGGAUUUACUUCCCCAGUGAGCGUGUUUAGGAUUGCAACUGAAAUGCCAUUGAGAGGCAGGCAUCAGAUGCUUUGCACAGUGGUUGCCGUCUGCCAAUAUUCAACAGUCUUCCAGAAACGGGACACAAAAUCUCACUCUCUCUUCUUAGCAGGAAGCAUGCAGCUAUGUUCCCCUCGGAUUGAGGCCCAAAGCAACACAUGCUCGGAUUUGGGGCUGAGCCCUUCACUUUUCACCUCUCCUGCUCGGCUGCUUCCUAGGCAUAUCCUCCACGGCAGCCAGGAUGAGCUUUCCCCAGGUAAAGUUGCAGGAAGGAGUGGCCCAGUUGUGCCUCUUGCUCCAAGUGUCUCCUCAUCCUGUCCCUGCAAGGAGGGGUUAGUAGGCACACCACCUGCCCUGUGAAAUCAGUUUUAUACACAGUAUUUUUCAAAAGCAGAAAUGCAAGAAAAUGCUUCAUGUUAUUUACAAAAAAAAUAAAUGAGGCAGGGGAGAAUCCAAAGUCUGUGCUAAUGAAAACCUAUUUAAACAAACAGAAUAUAUUAUUUAAGUACUUUGCUCAUAUAUUUUGCAUGACAUUGUUUCUUGAGCAAUGGAGAACCCUUAAUCCUAUCCCACCCCCCGCUCUCUGGAAGUCUUAAUCAUUCCUCUCCCCCUUUUCUAGUUUCCAAUAUAUAUACAGUAUUUUUAAAAGUACUACUUACCAUUUUUUAAGCUUAUCUCUGCAGCUAUAAGGGCUGAACAUUUUACUGGGGGGGAAUUGGGAUUUUCAGGCCACUAAGGCAGCCAUCCACUAUCAACUUAUUUUAGAAGAGAGUGCACAGUUGUAUCCUCCGAUGAAACCUAUGUGUAACACAAAGCAUCUUUCUCUUCUCCAUUAAAUAUUAAAUAUAUGCAUGGAUAGAAGGCAAAUCCGUGACUGCAGAAUUGCCACCAUAGCGUACAAAAUAAACUAUUCCAUCUGGUUCCUCCAAAUAAAUAUCUCUGUGUGCUUUAGGAUUGGCCCAAUACAUCUGAUUGGCCCAAUCUCAUCCUCUGCCUCUUAUACUCUGGAGGAGCAACAGAGAAAUCUGUUUUUGUGUAAUUAAAUGACAUGUGAGGUUUGCCACAUUCUCCCCUAGAUGUGUUGCUUCACAAACAAGCCAUUAUGUUGAUUGGUGAGAGAUGGUUCUGUCUUCUCCUGAAACAAUUCUGCUGAGCUACAAGGUUGUUUAAGGGAGGCGGGUGGCACUGUGGGUUAAACCACAGAGCCUAGGAUUUGCCAAUCAGAAGGUUGGCGGUUCGAAUCCCUGCAACGGGGUGAGCUCCUGUUGCUCGGUCCCUGCUCCUGCCAACCUAGCAGUUUGUCAAAGUGCAAGUAGAUAAAUAGGUACCGCUCAGGCGGUAAGGUAAAUGCCGGCUCCCUCGGCCAAUAAAGCGAGAUGAGUGCCGCAACCCCAGAGUCAGUCGGUCACGACUGGACCUAAUGGUCAGGGGUCCCUUUACCUUUACCUUACAAGGUUGUUUUGCAUUGGCGGUUAAUGAAAUGCAGAGCUGCACCUCCACAGAAUUAUAUGGGCAUAGUGUAUGUAAUUCUACUACUGAGCAUGUCUCAGAAUGCAGCUCAUCCGUGUCUUGGAUACUUCACAGUCCUCUACAGUAGAUUUCAUUGCUUCAACAGUCACAAUAUUACCCUUUGGGGUGGGAUUUACAUUUGGGCAAAUUGUGACACGCUGAGAGACAGGCAGAGGGAAACCUGAGAGCAAAUAAAAAAACUAGAACUUGAUUGGUUCCGCACCUGCUUUGAGUUUGGGAUAAAGUUCAUCUGAGAUGAGGAUAACCUUCUUUGAAAGUGCUUGCUUGAGAUUUAGUGGAACCUUGUUUGUUAUCCUGCAGUGUUAUUUGAAGAUGUGUAUCUGUCCCCUCAGUCUAGCAGUUUUUCUCAGGCCCUUUCAGGAACCCUCUUGAGAAAGGUAAGUGCAUUGCCACUCAGCUUUAUGUAUAUUCAUCCAUUUCCUCCAUUUUUCAUACCAAGUUGAGCCAUCAAUACACCUUGUGAGAGUGAGUUCCAAAAUUUAACUACGCACUGUGCGAAGAAAUACCGUAUUUUUUGCUCUAUAAGACUCACUUUUUCCCUCCUAAAAAGUAAGGGGAAAUGUGUGUGCGUCUUAUGGAGCGAAUGCAGGCUGCGCAGCUAUCCCAGAAGCCAGAACAGCAAGAGGGAUUGCUGCUUUCACUGCACAGCGAUCCCUCUUGCUGUUCUGGCUUCUGAGAUUCAGAAUUUUUUUUUUAUUGUUUUCCUCCUCCAAAAACUAGGUGCGUCUUGUGGUCUGGUGCGUCUUAUAGAGCGAAAAAUACGGUACUUCCUUUGGUCUGUUUAGAAUCUUGCAACAUGCAGCUUCACUGGAUGUUCCCAGUUCUAGCGUUAUGAGAGAGGGAGAAAAACUUUUCUCUCUCAUCCUGUGGUCAUUAUGGCUUCUUUUCAGGGUGCAGUUCCUGGAAAAGGUGAUGAUGGGGCCUCUUGUGACAUCCCCUGGGGAUGGGCACUUAGGUGCCUGUCCAAAAACAGUGGCCCAGUUAAGUAGUCAUUCCCUUUGUUUUCACCUGUCAUGGGUGGCUCAUUCGCUUAUGUCCAUGGAGGGGUGGCCUUGGUUGUCUUCCUUAUAGCUGAAUCCCAGGGUCUCUUCUUCCCAACUUCCUUGGGCAUGGGCAAUAGAUCAGCAGCCUGCCUCUACAUGACUUGCUGUGAAAGCUCUCUGCAGAUACAGUGGUACCUCGGGUUACAUGCGCUUCAGGUUACAUACGCUUCAGGUUACAGACUCCGCUAACCCAGAAAUAGUACCUCAGGUUAAGAACUUUGCUUCAGGAUGAGAACAGAAAUCGCACGGCGGCAGCAGGAGGCCCCAUUAGCUAAAGUGGUGCUUCCGGUUAAGAACAGUUUCAGGUUAAGAACGGACCUCCGGAACGAAUUAAGUACUUAACCCGAGGUACCACUGUACUUGCAAACUGGCCUGCCUAGAAAUGACGUAUGUGUAGUAAUCUAAAUAUUUGUUUUAUUUCUGUCCAAAUACACCCAUCUCUCUGAUUUAUGUGGUUUAUGAUACAGUCUCUGUAGUUGUCCAAUGUGUUUGCACCCCAUGAGCAGUUACAUUGCUCUGGGCCAAACUAUCCAGUUUAAUUUCAAGGAAUUAAGGGCUGGUGGAAUCUAGGCUAGGAUCAUAUUCCAUCUCUGCUUUCAAAGAAAAACUGCUUUAAUUAUAAUCUUUCUUUCUGUGCACCACCUCUCCUUUUAAGAUUCUGUCUGCAAAGGUCCCCACCUCUAAUUUCUUCCUUCUCUUGCAGUCGGCAUUCACGCUGGAUCACUGCUACCUUUCCUACAACGAAACAGGUAAAAGCAAUUCCAGCCCCGUGUCACGAAUGAAUGGGAGAACAUCUUUAUGGAACAAACAGUAUCUUCAAGAGGUGAGAAGAAGGUUGUAGAGAUGGGGGUGUUAGCUUUGUGUGUGUAGGGGAACCUCCUCUUCCAUUGCUGGAAGCGUGAUUGACUGGUUCAUUAAUUCUCUUAUACAUUUGGGGGGGUCAUAUAGUUAAUCCACACACACACCCCCACCUGCAAGGCAUCAACUUCUAUUUAUUCAUCCCAAAUAAGGAACUUGGUUGUUCUCUGUUGUUUCAACCUUGUACUCUUCUUUCAAUUUGAGGCUCCACUAAAAGGUCAUUUGGGUCAGUGAAGUCCUAAUAACACGCACUCCUCUUUCCUCCAGGCAAACAAAAAGCUUUAUCAAAGUUCAAGGGCACAUUCCAACCAGGCAAAAGCAGUCAAGGAGGGUACAGAGCAGGGCUUGAGAGGGGCAUGGCUGUGGGCGAGUUGUAACCUAGGGAAAGUCCCAAGUUCCAUAGAGAGAAACCUUGAGUGGCACAUCUGGUCCCCAGACCUAAGGUUCCCACCUCCCGUUACAGAAAUUUACACUGGGGAUUGUUACAAACACCACAUAUUAGCCCUGUAUAAUUCUGCACUUCUGUACCAUUUCAUACUGUUUACAGGAAACUGAAGUCAGUUGUCAAAUACAGUUCAUUGUGUUUUUAGGGUUUUCUGAAAACUGUGACAUAAUUGGGUAGGGGGACUCUAUUUUUGUUUGAUGUCAGAUUCGCAAAGUGAUUUUUUUUUUUUUAUACAAGAACAGUGGGGUUUAAUUCAUUUAGUAAGAUUUUUCUUACCCAGAAAAAAGGCUCAAGAAUCGUAAGACUCUGUUUUUAUUUACAGUCGUACCUCGGCUCCCGAACACCUUGGGAGUCGAACGUUUUGACUCCUGAACGAUCGAAAACCAGAAGUGAGUGUUCCGGUUUUCGAAUGUUCUUCUGGAAAAUGAAUGUCCGACGGGGCUUCUGAUUGGCUGCAGGGGCUUCCUGUAGCCAAUCAGAAGUCGCGCUUUGGAAGUCAAACGUUUUGGAAGUCAAACAAGCUUCCAGAAUGGAUUCUGUUCGACGUCCGAGGUACGACUGUAUUUAACAAAAUUUACACAUCGCUAGAUUGUAGUAAAACCUCUCAGCGGUGUGCAGAUCAUUUGGACCAGAUGGCGCAAUUCCACACGCCUCUUCCCUCUCUGAGUAGCCUGACUCCCCUUCCACCUUCUCCUGUCAGGAAACAGCUACCGCCAGGCCUGAAUUCCCAGCGUCUUCCAGUGAUGAGAACAGCGACAGCACCUGGACACCACCAUCCAAGAGGGUGAGGCCAUCUCAGGUCAGCUGCCAGAAGAAGAUGAAGAAGGUGGUCAGGAGGCAAAGGCGCCGGCCAGCAGCCUGUGAGAAACGUAGCAACUCAUCUCCUCUGCAGCUGAAAAAGAAGUGCGUGAAUGGCUUCAUCAUGUUCUGCCGCCUGAACCGCAAGCACUACAUCCGGUGAGAACUGGAGGGCAACAAACUCUUACAGAGAGACUGAAGUCUAGGCCGGUCUGGACAGAACCAGGUCAUGAAUCCCUGUAGCGAGAUCCACCAUAUCCAGUUAGGAUUGCAGCUGGCUUUUCAGUUUAAGAUCAUCAAAGACACCCCUUGCCAUCACCUUUACAGUGGUACCUCGGGUUACAUACGCUUCAGGUUACAUACGCUUCAGGUUACAGACUCUGCUAACCCAGAAAUAGUACCUCGGGUUAAGAACUUUGCUUCAGGAUGAGAACAGAAAUCGUGCUCUGGCAGUGUGGCGUCAGCAGGAGGCCCCAUUAGCUAAAGUGGUGCUUCAAGUUAAGAACAGUUUCAGGUGAAGAACGGACCUCCGGAACGAAUUAAGUACUUAACCCGAGAUACCACUGUACUUCCACAGAUAAUGUAGUAUCCAGGAGGAAGCCCAGAAUGCAAACUUGGUCUAAUAGGGGAAGUGCAGUCCCAUCCAGUUUCACAUGAUAUCCAUCUUGAACUGGUAGCUUUCUCCAUCUCCACUCCCACCCCACCCCCCCGGCUUGUCUGGAUUACAUUUAAGUUGGUUCACCCUCAUUCAUCUCAAAACUGCCUCCUGCCUUCUGCAGCCAAUUGAAAGCCAUAGAACUCCCAUCAGACAUUAGGCUUCCGAAAGAAUGUUCGAAAACCGGUACACUCACUUCUGGUUUUCAAUCGUUCAGGAGCCGAAACAUUUGACUCCCAAGGCAUUUGGGAGCCAAGGUACGACUGUAUUUAGAUAAAAUGCCUCCCCCACCCCGUGUGCUAGAUUUGAUUAUUAUGAUUUUUUUCUGUGUUCCAAAAUCUCAUUAAUUUCCAUUACAUUCAGGUCAUAAUAAUAAUCCCUUAUACAACAACUGCAAUAUUAAUGACUUCUAUUUGUGUUGACUCAUUAAAUGAUUUUUAAAACUACAAGUGAGGAGCUCAAACUACCGGUACAGUAUAUCCUUCUUCUUCCUGUGGGUGGCAAUUCUGUCUGUGGUGUUUCUUCCUGACCUUGUAAGAUGUUAUGUCUUUCUUUCCCCUGGUUGUUGCUGUCUUCUGUCAUGCCUUGGGAGGAGCUGAUAUCCCAUUGUUGUUCCAGUUUUAGAUUUUUUUGCCUGCCCCAUUCUGAACACCCAGUGCAGAUUCUGUCCUUCCGGAUAGAGCAGAAUAAUAUUUAAUCAAGUGGCUCUGUGGGUUAAACCACAGAGCCUAGGACUUGCCGAUCAGAAGGUCGGCGGUUCGAAUCCCCGUGAUGGGGUGAGCGCCCGUUGCUCGGUCCCUGCUCCUGCCAACCUAGCAGUUCGAAAGGACGUCAAAGUGAAAGUAGAUAAAUAGGUACCGCUCCGGCGGGAAGGUAAACGGCGUUUCCGUGCGCUGCUCUGGUUCUCCAGAAGUGGCUUAGUCAUGCUGGCCACAUGACCCGGAAGCUGUACGCCGGCUCCCUCGGAGAUGAGGGAGAUGAGCGCUGCAACCCCAGAGUCGGUCACGACUGGACCUAAUGGUCAGGGGUCCCUUUACCUUUACCUUUUAAUGUCAAUUUCCCCAGCCUAACCCUGAGCAAAUAGGUAGACUGUUCAAAGCUUCCAAAGAGUGUUUUGUUCAAUAGGAGGGAUUCCCAUAAUUGGGUUGGGGCGACUACUGGGAAAACAUUUUCCUACCCCGAUCACCCUUGCACCUGUCAACUGCAUAACUCUCUGUUGCAAUUACAAAUCUGUCCCCUGGUCAAGAAUUUGAGACUUGUAUUAAAGGCCCAAGUUCUAGGACUCAGCACCUGCAUAGGCUGUGCUUGUGUGUUUCUCUAAAUACAUCUAUUUUUAAAUCCCCCCUAUAUGAAAGUUGAGACGCUAAUGAUUUUAUCAAGACCUGUAACCAGGGAGAAGAAAAUUGCAACAUCACAUGCUGUCUCUGGGGAUGGGCCUAGAUUGGGUUGCACUUCUUCUGUUGCCUGCUAGCUGAUUUAAUGAUAAAAUUCUAGGUGCUUCAAGGGAAGAAUAUCUUCUGCACCAGCUCCUUGCAGCCAUGGGCUGGCAAGGUGUGUGUUUGGGCGGGGGUGGGGAGGGAGGGGUUAGGUUUCAUUCAGGUGUGUGUGCAUGCUAGUUUUUAAACACUGGUCUCUAUGGAGAGCAAAAGGCUAGCCUGGCAGGGAGUUGCCAAGGCAACCUGCUUCUCUAAACCUCAAGGGAAUGUGGGGACAUUGGCAAAGCCUCACAUGCGCCCGCCACUUGUGAAUCUGGAUGACCAAACCGUCUUUUCUCUUGGCAGCGCUUGCCCAGGCAUGGCCUCCACAGUUGCUACGAGAGAGCUGGCCCAGCUGUGGCGUAUGAUGACAAAGCAAGAGCGGAAGCCAUAUUGGUAUGUCUGGCGCUGAUCAAAACACACUCUGGCAUGAGGCUGUUCCUUGGGUAGUCAUCCAGCAGGCCAGUUUCUAGGUCAGCACUGUGGUUCAAGGACACAGAUGUGAUAGAGCACCUGUUCUGCAGGCCAAAUGUCCAGAAUAAAUCUCCAGCACCUGCAGUUUAAAAAGGACCCGUUGUUGUUGUUGUUUCCUUACCAGCCUGUCACCAUGAGGUCCCAGGGCAGCUUACAAAGAUUUGGAAAUACAGUCAUAAAAAAUAGUUAAAACAGAUUGCAGUCAAGAGAAUAGGCUAGGUCCUAAAAUGUCUAUCUCAGGCAUCAAAUGCCAGGGUGAGCAGGCGAGUCUUUAGAAAGUCCUCCUAGUGGUGCAGCGAUAAAACUGGAAGUACAUUUGCAGAAGUUAAGCAGGUUCUGGUAUGGUUUCAGAUUGGAUGGGGGACUGUAUGUUGAGAUUCCUGCAUAUUGAGGGGAGGCGGUUUUGGACUGAAUGACCCUCCGGCUCCCUUCCAACUCUACGAUUCUAUGAUUCAGCAUCCAGCAAAAACUGCACAGGUGAAUUCCUGUGGAGAGGGAAUCCUCCAGUUUAAGGGGCUGCCACAGAGAAUUCUCCCUGAGGAUGGGAAAGACCCUGGAGAGCUGCUGCCAGUCAGAGUAGACAGUACUGAGCUAGAUAGACAAAUUGUGAGGGUUGGUCUAAGGUAGCUUCCUAUGUAUAUCUCAGGGUGUCGGAUCCUUUUGGUAGGAAGCUGAGCUUUUCUAUUGCCUUUCUAUCUCCCUGUGAACUUAACCAUGAAAAGAAAGGGAUUCCAAUUCCAAGUGCUUCUGUCAUUUGGUAACCUGAGCACAUACAACAGUUAUAUGAGCUGUUAUCAUGUUAUGAUCCACUGUGCAGCAUCCUCCAUCACGCAGGGAGGUUAACGAGUGUUGGUUUAUAUUUGAUUUUUCUAAAAGCAGGCAUUCAUUAAUCGACAAGGGGGGUCAUGUUAUGAUUAUCACCCCCUGUCGCUUCAUGGCAAGCCGCAUAAGUGAAGUUCCCUUGCGUUCCAAUUCACAUCGCCUUGUUUUUGUUACAUCGUAAUGGCAGCCAUCACAUGGUGGCUUCGUUAUGUGCCGCGUUCACUGCAAUCUGGCGAUUACAGAUGAAUUGUCGGCCGGAAAUAAGCACUUGAGUGAUAAGCUUAUCAUUUUAUGUUGCAUCUCUUCCAGCAUGAAAGCUCGGCGGUUCAGCCGCCUGAAUAAUCGCAUCGUGAGGGACGACUUCUCCAGUGGGGAGGAGGACCCAGAGCCGCCCAAACCUUUCCACAUGCUGCUUGCUGAAAAAUCCCUCCAUGGCUCCCAGACCUUUGGUGACCUCUCUUUACUCAAGCUUAUCCCCUGA